GUGAAACUUUAUGGUGUGCUGGAAACGACUUUAACUGCUCUCAGGAGGUAACAAUCAAUCUAAAAUUUAUGUAUAGUUAUUGUUGUAAGAUUCACAGUGGGAGAUGAGACAGUCUUAUUCAAUUUCUUUUCACGACAUGGAAAGCUUUACGUUUUAUAGUAAUUUUAGAUAGAUGCUACUCGAUCAUCAUGUGUUUGCAUGUUUAUUUACAACAAUAGCAGACAUAAUAGAGCUGCAUCAAGAAGUUUACAAUUGAAGUUCUCGCAAGAAAUGCCUGCGGUGGUUUUUACUGGAGAACGGAUUGUUGCGAAAGGGGAUGGGAGUUUAGAAGUAGCAUUAGUUGAUGGUGCUACGGGGGAUGUAGUCAGACAUGGAGCUGGGACCUCGGGGAAACUUGAAAUUGUUCCGGUUGAGGGAAAUUUCGACCCCAGCUUUGAAGAUUUUGACACCAAAAUUGUGGUAGGUGAAGAUGGAAGAACAUCAUUGCUGGGCGAAAACCCAUACUUGGAAAUGAAAGAAGGCAAUGCACCUGUGUAUGGGAUUAAAUUCAAACACACAAGGAAAUGGAUGAGAAAAGGCAAGUUCAGGCUAGGAGCAAGGUUUGUUCAUCAACCCAAUGGCAUUAGAAUUCGAGAGGCGGUGACAGAGCCCUUUGUUGUCAAGGAUCAGCGUUCAAAAUCGAAGAAGCGUUAUCCCCCAUCACCAACUGAUGAAGUGUGGCGGCUAAAAAACAUUGGCAAAGAAGGUGCUUUCCACAAGAGUUUGGUUAAAGAGAAAAUUGUCACUGUGAAGGAUUUUGUAGUUGAAUUCCGGAAGGAUCGUGAAACACUACGAGAUGUACUCGGAAAUAUGUCAAAUGCCAAGUGGGAAGCCACUUUAGAUCAUGCCCUGACAUGCGAGCUGAAUGGCGCUUCGUGCUCUUCCAUUAAUCCUUGCGUCUUAAUGGAACAUGACAAGAACAAUGAUGUCUUAAGCGUUCUGAGUUCUCAGCCCGAUGACCUUUCCCAAGAUAUGCAGAGAGAAUUGAGGAUUUUUGGUUCUGGAAAUGAAUUGUCACCAACUAGUGCUGCAGACAUUUUGUCUGAUGCAAUUGCUAGUUUAAAAGCUCUGAAUCCAUCUGAUACUGAUGAUGAUUCCUCUAGGCUUUUGAGUAAAAUUUUUAAGUUGUUAAGUUGUGAUGAUAUCCUCGAGAACUCUGAGCAGAACUCACGUGUUGAACAGCGAUUUGCUUCCCCCAAUAACUUGGAAGCUGAAUUAUGGUCUGAUAUGGUUAAUGAAUACAUGCUGGGCAACGCAAUUCAUUCCCUCACUCUUACUGAUGCAGGUCCAAGUUCUUCGACUUGCCAUCAUCAGAUGCAGCAUAACGAAGAUUUGAAUUCUGACCCGGGAAACCUCAUUAAUGGUACGAACAACUCUCUUCGAAAAUCAUUUCUGUCAAGGGUUUUGGUUUGUUCGGAAAAGAUGGCGUUCUCCGUCGGCAAAUCGGCUCUCUCUCAGCUCCGACUUUACUCACAGAAGGCUGAUGAUUCAUCGUUGGUGGCGCCUAGACGUGGAUUGCAUAUCGAACCUGGUGCUCGCGAGAAGGCUCUACUAGCAGACGACUCGUCACUGAGACGCUUUAAAUCAAAUACAAAGGGUGUGCGAGCCCUCAAGAGGGUGGGAGAUGUUCUCACUGUUGUUGUCGUAGCAGGGUGUUGUUAUGAAAUUUAUGUCAAAGCCGUAAUGAGGGAAGAAGCUAGGAAGAAGGAAAGUGGAAGCUCAUAGUGGUGGCUCAUGAUUCUAUUCUGCAUAUUUGCAAUCCCUUCAUUCUCUGAAGCGUAUAGGGAAUAAGUCAAGGGAACAGCUGCUGUUUGAAUAUUUAGUGCAAGAAACUCGUGGCUUAAGGCCCCUCCUCUGUAUGCUCAUAGCAAAGCUGAUAACUUGAUGCACCAAUUUUUCCUUUUAAGAAACUCAUGUUUUAACUAGGUGAGAAUAGAAAUAAGGUUGGGUGGCUCUUUGAACCCAAAAAGACUAAAUGUUGAUUCCAUUGUGUUUGUUAUUAACUCCAUGGAUCCAUUUUUUUUACCAGUUCAAUCCAUUCCCACAUACCCAAUGCAGUACA